UAAGAGUUUUGUUACAAUGAUCAAUGUCAUUAUUCCUAGAUCCGCCCAGAAUACCAGUUAUUCAGUUUGAAGUGAACAGACAAGACAAUGCUAAAUGUAUUUCUGAGAAAACAGAAUUAAGCGCAAUGGAAUAUACAGACUUUUCAAUGAUGUGUGAUUCCGAAGCAAAGCCAAAUGCUUCCUACUCAUGGUACGGUCCAAUAACAGCAACAUCGAAAUAUCUUUUAACUCAUAAUAUUACCAGAGACAAGAAGGGUAACUAUUCUUGUUAUGCUUUUAAUACAAUGGAAAGAACUUUUGGUGGUAUCAAGAGGGGUGAAAGCCAUAAAAGUGUUCGUUUGGAUGUUCUUUAUCCUCCAGCAAUCGGCCGACUUGCGGAUAUUUCUGCUGUUGAAGAUUCAACUUUAAAUGUAUCUUGUCCUGUUACUCCCGGGAACCCAGCCGCCACUAAUGUCUCGUGGACUACAAAUGAAAACAAAAUAAUUUCGACGUCAAAAGAAUUGUAUAUACACCAAAUUAAAAGAAAAGAUGAUGGAUUUUACAAAUGUUUAGCAGUUAACAAAAUGAAUCCAAGUUGUGAGAAUGAAACUGAAGGAGAAGUCAGUAGAAGCUUUCAUCUAAAUGUCGUUUAUAAAACAACAGUAACGAGUUUGUAUGUAAAAGGCAAACAUGGUUUAGAUCCAGUAACUCUGCGUGAAAACGAUUCGCUAGAAUUAGUCUGCCAAACCGAAAGUAAUCCUAAAUCAUCGAUAACAAUAUAUUUCAAAGACGUUAUCCUUAUCUCUCAAUCUAAUGUUAAUACACUGACAUAUUCAAAAGCUACGGCCUCGUGUUCUAAUGAUGGCAUAUAUACUUGUGUCGGGAGAAACAUUCAUAAUGAAAAGGAUCCAUCACGAAAUCACCUGACUUUACAUAUAUUAUGUUCUCCCCGUCCAUCUCCGGCUGUGGAUUUACAAGAACAUAUAUUUACAUCAGAAAGGAAAACAGUGGUUCUUACCUUUGUUGCAUUAGCUCAUCCAGCUCCUACAAAAGCGGGCUUCAAGUGGUUGAAAGAACAACAAAAAUCUAUCUGGAUAUAUUUACAAGAAAGUGAUCGCUUUCAUAUCGUAACAUCGGGUUUACAGACCAAUCUUACAAUUUCCAACGUCUCAGAGAAAGAUUUAGGAAAUUACCGCCUUACUAUAGAAAAUUCCAUUGGCAUAUAUGAUCAGUCGUUUCAUGUUUUAAAUGAAGUACCACCGGCAAAACCGACACAUUUUGUAAUCAUAGAUGAUAGUCUCACAAACUCAAGUGCAACCCUGAGUUGGAAACCUUUUAAAGGAUAUGACAAAGAGCAAAUAUUUAUUUUACAGUACAAAAAAGAAACUUUUCAACAGUUUACGACUAUCAACAUAACUGAUAAUGGUGGUUUAGAAAUGAAUCAUACAAUUAUGAAUUUGUUAAGCGGUACACGGUACCUCGUGCAAAUUUCAGUUGCCAACGGCUUCGGAAGAUCAGACAACGUUACCUUAAGAUUUCAGACAAAAUCCAAACCAGCUUCUUUUGAAGAAUUGAUAGUCAUUGAGCAGAGUGUAACGGAAACAUCACUUACUGUACAAUGGAAGCCAGGAAAUGAUGGGGGUGACAAACAAUUAUUUGAAAUAAAUUAUAAAAAAACAGAUAGUGAGGAGUGGACACUUUUGUUGACUGAUGAUAUGGAGACAAGUGAUUAUAUGAUAAGGCAAUAUAUUGGCGGGCUUGAGAGAGGUUCAACAUAUCAAUUGUAUUUGAUGGCAACCAACACUUAUGGAAAUUCGGACAAAUCUGAAAUAAUUGAGUUUCAAACGAAACGAUCUAAUUCAUGUCAAUGUAAAGUUACACAGUCAUUUAUCAUUUGGAUUCUCGCUGGCCUUCUUGCAGCAAUUACAUUGGCUGUUAUUUCAGUUACUUCUACAAUUUGCUUAAGACGAAAAUACUUUUGUCGGAGAUUAGCAGAUGAGGAUAGUAUCACUUCAAAGCAGGACCGCAUGAAAGCAAACAGUUCAAAGGAAAUAUAUGAGGAAAUUAAACAGGAGACAGGUACAGAAAUGGUCAAUUUACGACAGAAAUAUGAAAGACUUGACACACCAGAAAAAGGUGAUUCCUCCAACAGCAAAUUGGUAAUAUAUGAAGACAUCCAUAUUCCGACAGAAAUAGGAGGAGAAAAAGAAAACAAAAUGAGGGCGGUUGAUGGAUAUGAAGUUCCAGCAGCCUUCUCAGAUAAAAAUAAACUAAUUAGAAAAAAAGAAGACGACGACAAGUCAACAGGGAAAAACACCAAUUUUACAGAGUAUGUGAAUCUCGAGUUAUGAGCAUCUGAGUUAACGACCACACAAAGACAACAUUAAUAAAAUGUUACUUAACAUAUUAACAAAAAAGUACUAAAUGAACACGCAAUUGAACAUUAAAAGUACAUGUUAGUAUCAGUUUGCCAAGGCAGUUUUGUCCGCAAUGUCAUUUUGUAUGUUUUAUUUAUAUGUUUAAGUCUAUUUUUUUCUUUCUUUUUUUCCUUUUUUGUUAGUUAUGAAUUCUUUCCUUCGAAUUAAAAUACUAAGCUGA